UGGCGCUGCCGGCCGCGCUAGGCCCGAAGCGGCUCGCUAGCAAUUGCAACGCCGGUGGCUCACGAAGUGAACAAUCACAUUAUUGCUGAGCAGCGUGACGGCCAGGCAGCACCAUUCUUGCACUGCCUCUCUUUCUCCUCCAUUUUCGCCGGCAAACUGUACCUGCUCCCGCGUCGCAUCCUCCCGCAUAUGAGGUAACCUGCACGCCGGCGGGGCGCCAGCCUACAUCAAGACUAUCAUGGCUUCGCUGCGGGACAGGCAAAUAGUCUCCAUCCAACGCAUUCUGAACCUGAACGCGCCGACACGAGCCUCCGACGCCGACGACGCGAACAAUGCCUCCAACGCCCCAAUCCUCUCUGACACCGGCGAGCCGAUAUGGAAGGUCCUGGUAUUCGACGACAUGGCAAGAGACGUGGUGUCGAGCGUGCUGAGGGUGAACGACCUGCGGGCGUGGGGAGUCACCAUCCACCUGAAUAUCAACACAACACGCCAUAUGAUCCCUGAUGUGCCCGUGAUAUAUCUCGUCGAGCCCACGCCGGCAAAUCUACAGAUCAUAACGAGCGACCUCGCGCGAAGCCUCUACUCCCCCGCCUACAUAAACUUCCUCUCGUCGAUACCUAGACCCCUCCUCGAAGACUUCGCCGCACAAACAGUUGCAUCCGGCACCGCAGAACACUUGGCUCAGAUAUACGACCAGUACCUGAACUUCAUCGUCUCCGAGGCAGAUCUCUUCGAUCUGGGAAUGAAAGGGGCAUACGCCACGCUGAACAGUGCACAAAUAUCGGACCAAGAGCUGGAUGCAACGGUUGAGAAGGUAGUUUCGGGGCUCUUUUCUGUCGUGGUUACCAUGGGCUCCAUACCCAUUAUCCGCGCACCCCGCGGUGGUGCUGCUGAGGUGGUCGCCGCUAAACUCGACAGAAAGCUGAGGGAUCACGUGCUCAAUUCGAAGACGAACCUCUUCUCUGGUGGUGACCAGAAAUCAUCGGCUGCAAUAGCCUCACGGCCAGUUCUAGUCAUUGUUGACCGUAACGUGGACCUCGUCCCCAUGUUCUCGCAUUCGUGGAUUUAUCAAAGUCUAAUCUACGAUGUUCUCUCCAUGCAUCUCAACAAGAUCACCAUGACUGUACCUGUCGACAAGGACCGCCCCGAAAAAGGCUCAAAAAAGCAGUCGUAUGAUCUCACAGCGUCUGACUACUUCUGGCAGCGAAACGCAGCGCUCCCCUUUCCGCAGGUGGCAGAGGACGUCUCCCAGGAGUGGAAUAAGUACCAAGAGGAUGCGAAUGACGUGACAAGAAAGACCGGUACUUCAUCGAUUGACGAUCUGCAAGGAGACGGUGGCCAGUUCGCAGCGCAUCUGAAGGGGGCCAUGGCGUUACUUCCCGAAUUGAGGGAACGGAAAACCACCAUCACAAUGCACAUGGAGAUCCUCGAAGCGCUCAUGGAAGGUAUCAAGGAUCGAAAACUGGACCAGUACUUCCAGCUCGAAGAAGAACUCUCCAAACAGAGCAAGGCGCAGAUACUAGACGUCAUCAAAGACUCUGACAAGGGCAAGGAGCCUCUUGACAAGCUCAGAUUGUUCCUACAAUGGUACCUGACUACUGAAAUCGACGUAUCUCGAGCAGACCUGGAGAACUUUACGCAAGUCCUUGAAGCUGCAGGCGCUGACACGACUUCCAUCAAAUACAUCAAGACAGUGCGACAGCUCACACGAAUGACGAUGAUCUCGGCUGCGCCCACCCAGCCUUCGCAGAACACCAGCCAACUCUUCGGUGGCUUCAGCAGUCUGUCAUCCCGCGUGACGGACCGCUUCAAGGAUGCUGGUCUGGGCGCAAACUUCGAAGGAAUCCUCAGCGGCAUCAAGAAUUUCUUGCCGACCAACAAGGACCUUACGUUGACGAAGAUCACCGAAUCCUUGAUGGAUCCAGCCAAUGCUUCUUCUAGCGCGAUCAGUAAGACGGAGAACUAUCUUUAUUUUGAUCCGCGGUCUGCGAAUGCACGUGGCACCUUGCCUCCUGCGAGUCAAGCGCGGAAUCAGCAGAAUGUUGGAAGGGGUAUCGAAGCCACAUUUGGCCAGAGACGGCAGGCCUUUAGUGAAGCUAUUGUGUUCACCGUGGGCGGUGGCAGCAUGGAUGAGUACGGCAACUUGCAAGAAUGGGCGAAGCGAACCAGUGCAGGUGGUGCUUCAGGGACAGGCCAGAAGAGAAGAAUCAUCUACGGUAGCACGGCACUACUGUCGCCCACCGAGUUUGUCACGAAGGAUCUGGCCGUGUUGGGCAAGGAAAGCACUUAGAGCGUG